GGCGGCAAAUGGGCGGAUGUGUAAAGCGUUUGAUAGACUGCGAGAGCCCAGCAAGUCGAGGAUAAAAGCCUCAUUUCAAUUUUUUGCGUUUACCCCCUAAAUUUUCAUCACACCACAAAACCUUCGAGCUCCUUCGUCUCAUUGGCAAUAGCAAUGUCUGACGACGAUGAUUUCCAGGAGAUUCCUCUCACCCAAGCAACUCAACAACCUCUCAAGCCCUCCGAUUCAUCGCGUCGGCCAUCCAAGCGGCCAAAGGCUGCGGCCACCGCCGCUCCUGGCAAGGAGAAUGUGCCGCCGAGUCGGAAAAAGAGAGAUUGUUCGGAGAGAGAGGAGUUGAAAUCCAAGGGGAGUUAUUUAUGUGAUUCUAUUGAGUCUAGGUUGCUGAAUGCCAGAUCUGGUGGCGACGGCAAUAUUACUUGUGGAUUCAGUGAGGAAUCGGAGGGGAGCUAUUCGUGUAAUUCUGUGGAGUCUAGGUUGCUGAAGUCGAGAUCUGGUGGUGAUGGCGAUGGAAAUGGUGGAUUCUGUGAGGAAUCGGAUGAGGAUUUUGAGCAGCUUGACGUAUUGAUCAGGCUGUGUUCUGAGGGCGAAGAGGAACCUGAUUCUGAUGGAUUUCGAUUUCGUGAACAGCGGGGCAGUGGUUCGGAAGGACGAGGGUUGGUUCGGUGUCCUUUAUGUGAGAUUGACAUUUCGGAUUUGAACGAUGAGUUGCGACAGGUCCAUACUAAUGGUUGCCUUGACAGACUGGAGGCUGAUAAUGUCCUUCGGAAUGGUGACAGAGAAUGUCAAUUUCCUCAGCCCUUUAAUGAUGGAUCUCCUGUUCAAACUCAUCAGAAAGUGGUUGAUGUAUCUCCUGUUAUUGGAUGGAUACACAGUCUGGGUUUAGGAAGAUAUGAAGAAGCUUUUAUCAGAGAAGAGAUUGAUUGGGACACUCUGCAGCGGUUGACAGAAGAGGAUCUAUUGAACAUAGGCGUCACUGCACUUGGACCAAGGAAGAGGAUCGUUCAUGCCCUUAGUGAACUUAGAAAAGGGAGCACUCAUACGGUUGACAUCCACACACAUGUCCCUGCCCUCAGUGAACUUAGAAAACAAAGCACUCAUGGAGUAGAGAUAGAAGCUGAUGCUUCUAAAGCCACUGUUGAUGAAACCAGUAAGCUAGCUGCAAACAAGUUGAUUACUGAUUAUUUUCCAGGCUCUGUUACUGAUAGGAGCAGAGGUUGCAUUUCGUCUGGAGAGCGAAAGGCUGCUGAAAAAAUCCAGUUAGGUUCUAGUAGGAAGCAAGUUGUGGUGAAAAAUCAUGCCAGGAGUGGAAAACUCAGGGACCUUCCCUUGUGGUGUUGUAUACCAGGAACACCAUUUCGAGUGGAUGCUUUUCGAUACCUUCGAAGAGAUUGUUCCCAUUGGUUUCUUACUCAUUUUCACUUGGAUCAUUAUCAAGGCCUUACCAGGUCCUUUUGUCAUGGGAAGAUUUAUUGUUCUGCCAUCACAGCAAGGCUUGUAAACAUGAAGAUUGGGAUCCCAUGGGACAGAUUACAAAUUUUACCCCUUAACCAGAAGAUCAAUAUUGAUGGUGUUGAUGUGACAUGCUUGGAUGCAAACCACUGCCCUGGUUCCAUAAUAAUACUCUUUGAACCAUCCAAUGGUAAGGCUGUCCUACACACAGGAGAUUUUCGAUUUAGUGAGGAAAUGACAAGCAUGUCUGUUCUGCAAAUGUGUCCUAUCCAUACUCUAAUUCUAGAUACUACUUAUUGCAACCCUCAGUAUGACUUUCCAAAGCAGGAGGCUGUAAUACAGUUUGUUAUUGAUGCGAUCCAAGCUGAAGCUUUUAACCCAAGGACUCUUUUUUUGAUUGGUAGUUACACGAUUGGUAAGGAAAGGCUUUUCUUGGAGGUUGCUCGUGUUCUCCGUAAGAAGGUAUAUGUAAAUGCAGCUAAACUGCAUAUUCUAGAAUGCUUGGAGUUCCAGAAGGAAGAUAUGCAGUGGUUUACAUUAAAUGAACAGGAGAGCCACAUUCAUGUUGUGCCUAUGUGGACACUAGCAAGCUUCAAACGAUUGAAGCAUAUCUCCAAUCAAUAUGCGGGUCGAUUCAGUCUUAUAGUUGCUUUCUCUCCUACUGGUUGGACAUUCGGUAAAGGAAAGAAAAAGACUCCAGGGAGAAGGUGGCAGCAGGGUACCAUCAUAAGGUAUGAAGUGCCAUACAGUGAACAUAGCAGCUUCACAGAACUCAGAGAGUUUGUCAAGUUUGUGUCUCCUGUAAACAUAAUUCCGAGUGUCAAUAAUCACGGGUCAGAAUCUGUGGACACCAUGGUUCGCCUCCUAUCAUCCUGACUGGCCCAGCACAUGAAAAAUAUCCUUUGAUAACGUCGCUUCUGCAAGGGCCGGCUGCGGACAUUUUGCCUGAUUUCACAGUAAGAUCAAAAGUGAUACCGUGGUAUUGUCUUUUUUUCCUUUUUUUUUUUUUUUUUUGUAUGUUUCCCUCGUGUACAAGGAACAUGUGAAAAUAGGUUCAUGGAUGGUGGAGAAAGGGACAAAAGAUUUCAACUUUUAGCUGUAAUGCUGCUGAUUCAUUUAUUCGCUUCACACAAUUCAUAUUGCAUGUUACGAUCACAA